GGCCAACAAUACAAGCAAGAAUGAGGAAAUUAGCUAGAUUAGCUAGCUAGGGACCUAACCAUUGUAGCUAAAAUAACGCUCGUCGUGUUAUCUAAUAUUCAACUUUAUCCAAUAGUGGGAGACAAGCGAGCGUAGUAAUUGAUUUGUUAAUGACAUCUGUAAGAGGAUAUGUUUGACUAGCGGUGGAAAAAAGAACUCCCCCUUGCUUCCUUUCACUAUUUGGUGGCAGGCUCUUCAAUGCAGUUGGCAGUGAAACGAAGCGGCUCAAGUUUGUUUGCAUGUUGGCUACCAAGAUAGCUGAACGCCGGUAAUUAAGCUAUGACCAUAGAGUCGAUUGAGAGUUGGCUUCGCAAUAUGACUUUAUUGUUGGGGUAAAAUUACAACAAUUGGAAUUUCCAUUGCCCUGUAGCUAUAGGCUAGAUUUGGGAAACGAGACUUGUCACACGCAAACAAGCUAUUGUGCUAUAGCAGCAUGCUACUUCUGGACAACCAGGUUUUGACAGGUAGGACUAGCUAGCUAGUUAGUAAAGCAAGGGAACCACAAUUUAAUGUAAUUUACUGAUAAUACAUAGGGUAUUCUGACUUUUUAAAAGUAGCCCGCGCUCAAACCAAAGAAGAACAAUGUUAUCGAAUGCAGGGAACCAGAACCAACAAGCGUUUCCAAACCAGCAACAAGCGCCAAAUCUAAACUCAGCAUCCCUUCCUCAAUUUUUCGUUAAACCACACAACCCUCUUCAAACAAAAAAGCAUGCCAUAACUGACGAUUACACGGUUACACGUCAAGUACUUGGAAUGGGAAUAAAUGGAAAAGUAUUGGAAAUAUUCCGGAAAGGAAGUGGGGAGAAAUACGCACUAAAGAUGCUGCAAGAUUGCCCCAAAGGUCGACGGGAGGUGGAGCUACACUGGAGGGCGUCACCCUGCUCACACAUCGUACGCAUCGUGGAUGUUUACGAGAACCUUUACCAGGGCAGGAAGUGCUUUCUCAUCGUCAUGGAGUGCAUGGAUGGCGGUGAGCUGUUCAGUCAUAUUCAGGACAGAGGGAACCAAGCCUUCACAGAAAGAGAGGCUUCUGAUAUAAUGAAGAGUAUAGGUGAGGCCAUACAGUAUCUGCAUGCCAUUGACAUCGCCCACAGAGAUAUAAAGCCAGAGAACCUCCUGUAUACCUCAGAAAGGCCUGAUGCCCUGCUCAAACUGACAGACUUUGGCUUUGCCAAGGAAAUCACCACACUGAAUUCCCUGGCUACACCGUGCUAUACCCCCUACUAUGUUGCUCCAGAGGUUCUUGGUCCAGAGAAGUACGACAAGUCCUGCGAUAUGUGGUCUCUGGGCGUCAUCAUGUAUAUCCUACUUUGUGGAUACCCCCCCUUCUACUCUAACCACGGCCUGGCCAUAUCUCCAGGGAUGAAGAAGCGCAUCCGCAACGGGCAGUACGAGUUCCCCAACCCUGAGUGGUCUGACGUGUCUGAAGAAGCCCAGCAGCUGAUCCGCCACCUGCUGAAGACUGAGCCCAGCCAGAGGAUGAGCAUCACAGAGUUCAUGAACCACCCUUGGAUCAACCAGUCUAUGGUGGUGCCUCAGACCCCUCUUCACACAAGUCGUGUUCUGAAAGAAGAGCAGGAUGUCUGGGAGGAGGUGAAGGAGGAAAUGACAAGUGCCCUGGCAACCAUGAGAGUGGAUUAUGAGCAGAUUAAAAUCAAAACCAUCCAGGAGUCGACAAAUCCUCUGCUGAUGAAAAGAAGGAAGAAGGCCAACAAUGCUACAACUCAGGCUCCAGGACUGUGAGACAAAGACACUUUAAGAAACUCUCUCUCACACAUUCAUGCAAGCACACACACACACUCACAGACACACACACACACACACUUACCCACUCUCUCGAAAAAGAGAAGCCUGUUUGGUAAUCAGUUUUUUUAUUUUAUAUUGUCAGUGUUAAUUUUAGCUUGAUUUUAGAUAUAUAUAUUUUUUCUUCUUCUUCUUAGUUGAACCCUUUUUACCUCUUGCCAUUGAAGUAAAUACAUCUGGUUAAUUUACUUGUCACCAUAGUAAUCAGAUGUUGAUCAAAACAGGAUCGCCUUGAUGUAACUAUGGAAGUGUUGUUUAACCUUGCAUAGCCAGAAGCACUGUAACUAAUGUAGAAUCAAGCCUCGCUCUGUUCACUGUUGUUUUAUUUUUUACUUGUGCCCACAUGUUUCUAGGUCUGUGUAUAGUAGGGCCCUGGGUACAAGGCCCAUACAACCAUAUAAAUGAAACUACUCUAAUAUGACUGUGAUGGUCCUGCUUUAAAACUAAUGUCAAAGAAAUAAUUAUAUGAAUUGGGGAUAUACUGUAUAUGUGCACUGAAGGACUAUAUAUUUGUUAAUCUUCACAAGGGAGAAUGUUUUUUGUUUUACAGCCUACAAAGUGCCAGUAACUUACGAGGUGAAGCAUAAUAGAAAGAUGAUUUCCUGAUCAAAUAAUUGGUGACAUUGAUCCCUUAGAGAGUAUGAAAUACUUUACUGUAGAGAGUAUUUGAUACUGUACUGUAGGACUGUUGUUACUAAUUAUCACCAGUUUGCACACCAAUUAAUUUACGAUGUAAUAUACACUCUGAAAGUAUUGUAGAAAAGUUUUAAUUGUUUAAUUGAAUGUCUUUCCCUCAGCGUCAGUGUAUAUACUUAUUCACAGCUCACAAGUACAGGUUUUCUAUUUGUGGUUGGAGUUUUGUUGACAUGAAAUCUGCUUCACUUUAGACUCUUCAAACGUAUGAUGGCCGUUGAUUGUGUUUUAUUGUGGGUCGGGUCUUUUUUUGCCAACAUGCCUCUAACUAUGUGUGCCUAGAGUUAUGUAUGUGUACAUUGCAGAUCUUAUUUUUUAACUUACUGUUUAGAAGGAAUUAGUGCCUUGAGAGUACUGGGGAGAGUUAUAAUGUUGGGUCUGUGUGCUUAACCUUUCACACAAACCUCCCAUUGAGUCUAUGCAUGAUUUGGAGUUGUGUGUGUGCUGAUCUCAUGUUAAAGAUGUCCAAGGUAAGGACGGUGAGUAAACAAUCUCACCACAAGGUGGUAGUAUCCAAUUGAUGUCAUUAUCUCCACACCCCUCAGCGGGCCAUAGGGGACAUUUUUACCAUGCCAGUCCUGGUCCAACACACAAAUAGAUGCUGAUUGCACAUGGUUCUCCACUGCUCAAGAACAGGACUGUUAGGAUGAGUGUCAGCAUCCACACAGCAGUAAUAGAGAUUAUUGCUCCUUGCUCUAUGAAUCCUUGCUCUAUGAAUGAACUUCCUCCAGUUUGACAGUCAUAAGAAGACGUAAGUUGCAGAGCAUCAUUGGAGCUUAUUAAUAGGUGUACUGAGUAGAUGUACAGUAUAAAAUGUAGCACAUUUCAAACUGCUGUACUCAUGUCCAGAGUGUCCUUUACUGUGGAAUAAACCCCCUCAAAUAUUU